UCUGCAGACUGAUUAAAGCCGCUGCAGCGCAGAUUACAGAGGAGUGACACUUGAGUAGACAAGAAAGUUACAGCUGCACAGCUCAGAGCACCAAGGUAAGCUCGAGACUUUACAGAGAAAACUUCAUUGUUACAGCUUUUCGUAAUGUUUGCAGGGUUGAUUAGUCUGUGGUUUAGAAUUACAGCUUAAAAUAUGAAGUUACUUCAUUCGAUUUGAAUAUUUAAAGUUGUCAAGUAACAAAUUGAGUCCAGUGGUUAUUGUGGGGUUUGCUAACAGUGACACUUUUGACUCUUUAGGUUUACAAGUGAGAAAUGACACCACCUGGCUACCGGCUGAUGCUAACUUUGCUUUUUAUAUAUUUAAGAUUAUGGACUCUAGCUCAGAUAAAUGACUUUUUUUACUCUUUUUUAUUUUUGCUUUUAAGUUUGAAUGUUCCUCCAGUGGAUUUCUGUCCUCAGACUGAGCACAGGUGGAUGUUUAUGCAUCCAUUUCUCUUCCUUUCACUUCUCCAGUGGAUUCAGUCUGGCUUUCGAGGCUUGUUUUAAGUUGCCUGUGAAUUUUAUCUGUUACACAGGCAGCUAAAGCAAGCCUUGAACACCAAAGACACACCUACCAGGACAUCUCCAAACUGAAGGGGGACAAAAUAUGCUGUGAAAUAUAUGAUUAUGAGCUCUGUCAGUUACAAAGCUUUUCCUGUGUGUGUGUGUGUGUGUGUGUGUGUGUGUGUGUGUGUGUGUGUGUGUGUGUGUGUGUGUGUGUGUGGUGCUGAUAUUUUAUUCCAAGCUGUCUGCUUUGACUGUGAUAACUCACCAUAUAAAAAUAAACAGCUGUACACUUGAUGCUCUAGUGCUUUUUAAAAAUUAAAAAUAAACACGUGUGCAUUUGUGCGUGUCUGACCUCAGUCAUGUGACUCAUUAUAAAGAUGAUUAAUGAUAAGCAGAUAUCCACUUUCAGUUCAGUCAGCACAGAGGACUGAUUAUAUGUUAUGAACUAAGAUGUCAUCUUUACAAAGGCCAGAUGUAUUUUCAGCAAAUUAAAGGAACUAGUUUAUGCAUCCAUGUCCAGUUCAGGGUCGUGGUGGGCGGGGCUUUGAACAUAUCGCAGGUUGCCAGUUUAUGGGCGGUAUGGCAAACUUAGAAUCACCAGUUAUUCUAACAGGCAUGUGAGAGGAAGUCAAAGAGUGGAUUUGAAGCCAGGACUGAGGCAGCAGCGCGAAGCCUUUUUUAAAGAAAGGUAUCUGUUAAAAUCUUUGUUCGAGGUGGCAAAGAGGAUGGCUCAAAUGUGCCAAGUGACAGAAGUGAAAGUGCUUUUGUGUUUAUGACCAUGUUAUUAACAGACAGCAGGUAUAUGCUGCACUGUGAGGUUAUGAUGCAUUGAUGCUGUUGUUGCGGACGGAAAAAGACGAAGAAAACGUGUCAGAGUCUUUGCAUUUGGUGUUUUUAAUAAAAUGGAUUUUGUUGUAUGAUAUAAAACAUAUUUUACAAGAUGUGCUGGAACCAAACCAGGGACACUGAAGAUAUCUAAAGACAUUAAGUCACCAGAACCUAAAUAAAUAUUAAAAUAUUAAAUAUUUUGGUACAUUGUUACUGCGUCUUUGACACACUAUUUAAAGAAUGUUGAAUUUUAAAACUAUAAGCUCCCCAGCGGAGGAUUUUCUUAAUAAAGGUAAUGUGUGUUAUUAGUUGCAUAAAGCUCUAUCAUCAGCCCGCGUUGCCCGUAUGAUGCCUUAUUUACGCCUGAAGAAAUGCGCAGACUCUAGCACAUGGCCAUAAAGCCCAUGGGCUUUUCACUCCACUGCUUCUAAAAACACAGACGUAUAAAAUUAUGAGUGGACACGAUAACGUCAACGAGCAUCACGAGGCAUGGUUUUAAAGUUACGACCUCAUUACCCCCAGAUUGAGGCCAUAUAACCUUAAACCCACACAGAGCAGGUUAGGAGGGAUGAAAUGUUCUUGUUUUCUCGUGGCCACUGAAGCGUAUUUUUUCAAGGUAAAUAUUCUUUUUCCAACAUGAAAUAGGUCUUUGUUGUUUGCCGAGAGGUAAAGAGGCGGAAAAGUGAGGAGGAUCUGAACUGGUUUCCAUGUCAAACACUUCAAUUCACCAUAGAAACUCAGAUCUUAACGCGGAAACUUUAUUAAACUGUGAUGGUGGAUUGAUAAGGGCCGAAUUUCUAUUGGCCUCUUUUUAUUGUGGGCGCCAGGCGGGCUGACAGAGGUAAAUUGCUCUUUUAAUUAAAGCAAUGCACCAGGGGAAAUUGCUGUCUGAAUAUUGUCUCAGAGAUGGGGGCCAGUGACAGUUGCCUGGAAACUUCAAUCUGUCUACCCGCAUUUAUUCCAGAUCACAGUUAUGAGAUAAAGUUUAAUAAAAAUCUUUUCCUCCGCCACCAACGAAAUGAAAUCCAACCCUUUCUGAACAAGUGAACACAAUGAGACAGGACUGCGGAGGAAACCUCAUGUUCAACAUGUAUCUCUCAGAUCCAACAGAAAAUCUGUUGAAAGAAAGCAAAGGAACCUCCUGGGCUCCGAUAAAUACAGGAGUUCAAAAAGGGAGUGGGCAGAUUCAGCUCUGGCAGUUCCUGCUGGAGCUCCUCUCUGACAGCACCAACAUGUCGUGCAUCGCGUGGGAGGGCACCAACGGAGAGUUCAAGCUCAUCGACCCUGAUGAGGUGGCCCGGCGCUGGGGGGAGCGCAAAAGCAAACCCAACAUGAACUACGACAAGCUGAGCCGGGCGCUGCGCUACUACUACGACAAAAACAUCAUGACCAAAGUCCACGGCAAAAGAUACGCCUACAAGUUUGAUUUCCACGGCUUGGCGCAGGUGUGCCAGCCGUCCACCACCGAGCAGGCCAUCUACAAAUUUCAGGGCAACUUCUCCCCGAUCCCCUUCUCCGGGAUUUCCAAACUGAACCUCGUGGCUCCUGGCGUGGGGCCUUCGGGGUUCUCCUACUGGGCUGGCUCCACACCAGCGGCUCUGUACCACAGCCACAACCUCCAGCCUCCGGGGCCGUUUGGCACCGUGUCCCCGUCCCACAUCGGCUGCGUCAACAACAUCAGCAGUCUGAGCACCAUCAACAACCACUACAACUGACUCUCGAUGCGUAUUUUAGACACACCGGGAAACCGUCACACUGCAGUGAGGGAGGACAGACAAACAGCACAAACACGCUGACUUUGGUGUUUGGCGGGGAAAAUAUGAUUUAGGCUCAAAGUGGUUCAAAAUUAGAUGUUUUUCAAAUGUCAAGUCAGGCUUUUUUAAGCGGCGCAAAGUUGUGUUUAAACUCAAAAUUAUGACUAAUGACACCGGAAGUCUUCUUGCAUGUAAGUAAGGCACGAAAACCAAGAAAUUAAAUAUUUCAUUUAAUUUAAUUUAAUUUAAUCCUUGUGGAGAAGCGAUUACGAUCAGAUUACGCACAGUGCUUUGAACCCGAGCGCUUAAUUUGAUCCAUAAAUAUUCCAAAUAUGAAAUGUCCUUAUUUAGGCCACUAUCAGUGAGACGUAAUGGGAAACCAAAUAAAGGUUUACACGAUGCUUGUUUUUGAAACAACAAACAAAUAGUGUACAUAUAUUUAAAAACGUUGAAUAAAUAAUAAAUCAGACCUCGGCUCCCUCGCUCUCCCAGCCCUUUCCCUGAGUUCAGUGUUUGUUUUCACAUCUUCAGGUGGAUUUGCACCGACGUGGGCGCGAGCUGCCAAACUACCAUCGGACUAGUGGCGCCAUCUUGUGGUUAUGGAUGAAAACAGGCUUGUUGGACUGGAAUGAGACUCGCUUGAAUCAUGCUGUCACGUCGAUCACCGUUUGGUUAUAAAUCAGAUCAGACGUAAUGAAACUCUUUGUAGGAAAAACAAACCUCACGCAAUAAAAAAUGAAAGCAGCGCACAGACGCGGGGAACAGGAACUUUGUGUGAAAUAGGCUGAGUAGAAACCGAAACUGUGAAUUCCCAAACUGCUCUGUAAAUACUGUAGAGUAGAGACCGGCUCAGACUAUAGAAGCUCUUCAGUGAUUCUAAAGUGAAUUCAUUCACACUGUGACUAAAACAACUGUACCAAUAAAAAUACAUAAAUAAACUCUUCUGAAUAAAAAUGUUGUCAGAAUUGUGGGAUUCAUUUAUUUGAAAGCGUGAUCUUUAUGUUGACCCAAACGUGGGUGAGCCUGUAAAUGUCCUCCAUGCGCCAAACCGUCAGUGCUGUUUCUCAAAAUGCAAACUUUUAUUUGGAUUUGUGGACUGACCGCCUGCAGCAGUCUCGGUAAUCAGAGAAAAGUUUGCAGUAUUCGUCUUGAUGCAUGCUCAUUCAUCUGUCCUCAUGUGUUUCAUUGAUGCCUCUAAGGCUUUGAUCGAGUGAACCACAGAAAACUUUUUGAUAAAAUGAAGAGAUGGGGAGUUCCUCAGUACAUCGUGAGGAUUCUCUCUUGCUGGUACGCUCAUCAGAACAUGCAGGUUAAAUGGGGAAGCAGUAUUUCUGCCCCCUUUGGUGUCAGCAAUGGUGUUAGACAGGGUGGGAUUUUGUCUCCAAUUUGAUUUAAUUUAUAUGUUGAUGAUUUGUCCAUACAACUGAGAGCCUGUAACACUGGGUGUAUAUUAGGUAAAGCACUGAUAAAUCAUCUUAUGUAUGCAGAUGACCUGGUUGUUUUUAGUCCAAGCAGUGCUGGGUUACAGGAUCUUCUUAAUGUCUGUACUGAAUAUGGUGUGCAAUAUGACAUUGAGUACAAUGCUGCUAAAAGUGCUGUUUUGAUAUGUAGAACCAAGCAGGAUAAACAGCUAAAUUUCCCUUUGUUUAAACUGGCACAAAAAACUCUUGAAGUUCAUAAAAAGGUGAAAUACCUCGGUCACUUUAUUACUGAGCAAAUGAAUGAUGAUGAUGACAUAUACAGACAACGGUGUAAGCUCUAUGUGCAGGCAAAUACUAUUGCACGCAAAUUCAGCUUUUGUUCACUUCCAGUUAAAGUGGCUUUGUUUAAAGCGUAUUGCACACCGCUAUAUACUGCCCCCUUGUGGUCAUCCUACAAACAAUGUAGCAUGCAGAAGCUGCAUGUUGCAUAUAAUGAUGCGAUGAGAAUCCUUUGCAGGAUACCUAGAAGUGGUAGUGCCAGCCAGAUGUUUGUAGCUGUGGGUGUUUGGACUUUUAAAGCACUUUUAAGGAAGCUAAUGUUCAAUUUUAGAGAACGACUGGAUGGUUCGAGUAACAGUAUAAUUUUAGCACUCACAGAUCCAGUGAGUGGUUCCCGUUACUCAUCCAGUCUCAGAAAGCACUGGUUAAAGUGUUUGUGUAUUUAUUGAUUUAUUUUAAGUAAUUGUGUUUUAUGUAUAUUAUGGUUUUAUAUUUUUACAAAUGUUUUAGAUACUUAUUUAUAUACAUAUAUAUAUUUAA